AUGUUUGAACUCCAGCCGCAUUCAUGUCACGAUUGUGGCUCAGUGACCGGCGUUUCAGCCUACCUCGCCGAUCUCCUGGACUUUCUCAAUGCCUGCAUCACGAAGCCGGAUGAUGAUCCCCGGAUGCGUCAAACAGCUCUGAUGGCUCUCACAGCGCAACGUCCUGAUCUUGAUGCUCCUGGGCUCUGUUGCGCCGAUUCCAACGCUCUGGUGCCCUAUAUUGUCACUGUCAAUGAGACGCUGGAAGCCUUUAUCGCCGCUCGUAUUAGCAAGAAACUCGACAUAGGCGGAAGCGGAUCCUGUGGUGAUCUUGUCGAAGAAGAAGAGCACAGUGGAAACAAGCAAACUCGGGGCGACGUUAGCCGGCAUAUCUUCAGUGGUCCUCUUGCCGAGCAGGUGUUUCCCUUUGACGUGUUUCCAUUCAACCAGGCACGAGAUUCCAUCAAGACCUACCUAUCUGCCUUCGGCUUGACACCACUAGAUGUCUUGCAGACGUUCCGGUCACCUGGGGCUGUACUGGGCCAAUUCUCCGAUCUGAAACCGCUGGUAGCAACAUCGCCCUUAGAAAAGGAGGAUAUGCUUGAAGCAGCCACAUGGGUCUGCGAUCGAGCAGUUGUGGCCGAGUUGCUUGGGCUAGACCCUCUGGGCUUUGCCGCUAUCACAGGAGAGACCAUUUACCCCAUCUCUUUUCUCGACAAAGCAGUCGCUCUCGGGGAGGCGGGCGGCGACAGCGGCGCAGCGCGUAAUGCUCAUUGGAUUCCGCCUGUACAUACAAGCUGGGGCUAUGCAUCUUCCGAGGCGAUGCUGGAUGACAAAAACGAAGAGACUGGAGGCCUUGGCUUCAUCCGCACGCAAUUCCUUCCUCGGUCUGGCUUGUCGUUUCAGGAACUCAACGACCUCGUGAACGGACUCUAUUUCAAGCGACGUCUUGUCAUUACUAACUCAGACUCGACCAGACCUGUCGCUGGAGAUCUUUCGGAAAUGCGGCUGUGCUCUUUCAACACUGAAGAAGCCACAGCGCCAGAUACAGAUCUGGAAAAAUCCAGCUUCGUUGGGCGAUUGACCAAAGAACUCUGCCAGGAGCUCCAGAGCUUCAUCCGCCUCAAGAAGGCGCUAGGGUGGUCAAUAAUUGACCUGGACAUCGCCAUAUCGGCCCUCACCGAAAACCAGGUUGCCAACAGCCCAUCGCUUGCCCCUCGUUGUCCGGGAAUCUCUGUGCGGCUUCUUGAGAGUCUUGCCAAUACCGUUAGACUGAGCCGACUAGUACAAGUGCCAGUAGUACAACUUCUGCCAUUGUGGUCGACCAUCGAUUUCCAUGGCAAGACCUCACUCUACCACCAGUUGUUCGUGGGACCUGGGCGCAUCCUACUCCAUGACCAGUUCUUCAAACCAGACGAGGGUCCUCCCCUAGCGCGUGCAGGGACAAUCCAGCACCACUCUUCUACUUUGCAGGCUGCACUCAACCUAAAUCACAACGACUUCGACAGCUUGUUACUCGCAGCAGGGAUUGAAGGCAGCGAAAGGCUGACCAUAGAUAGCCUGUCUUGCAUUUAUCGCCAUUCACGAAUGUGUGAACUUCUCGAAGUCCAUCCGACUGAGUACCUGGAUGUCAAGAGAUUAUUCCCUAGCAACACAGAUAUGUUCCAGGAUCCAAAGACGACCUUUGGCGUUGCGAACAGUUGGCGACGACUAACACGAAAUGAUUGGACCUCGUCCGAGAUCCUCGCAACUCUUCGGUUCAACUCUACUAGCACCACCAUGGUUGCAGAAGACCAUAUCGGUACUGUGGCCGCAGCCUCAGAAAGCACUAUCUUACACGCCAAGUUGAUCAACAAAUUGCGUCUUAGUGAAGAGGAGUUGAAGCUCUUUACGGAUUCAGGCAUCACCCUGAAGGCAAAUCUCAAUGCCCUCGAUCUAGCUGGUCUCAUAAAGCUAGAGGGCUAUAGGGAUCUCCGGGAAAAGACAGCCGCAGAACAUAAUGCUCUCGUCAAUUUCUUUGAAUGGGCUGCUAAGUGCACCAACGCAGACGGGUUAGCUGAGAAGCUCGCAGACGCGACAGGCUGGCCCGUUGCCCAGGUCUCCUCAGCCCUGGAAAUCAGAUACCCGGGUCUGAGCAGAAAAAAGAUGGCUCAAUAUCUUUGUGAUAUCACCGAGCUCGCGUCUCUUGCCGAUAUCAUGGACAUGUCAAAGCGCAUACACAUGGUUUCAGAGAGUCCUCUCUCGCGGCCCAUCUCGGUACUGUUCCAAAUUGCUGUUCCGACGCCUCCCGGCCGGAUAGAUGACGAUUUCACCAAUGCAUCAGCUCUGCAGGCCAUGCUCAGCGAUGGACAAGCUGCUGAAUGUGCCAUGCUAGCUCGGGAGAAGCAACGGGAUGCGCUCGUCAAACAUGUUCUACAGCUUCCGACAAUACGUAACCGAAAAAUUCAUAACGCAGAUGACCUAUUCGACUAUUUUCUCCUUGAUGCUCAGAUGGGACCACAAAUGAAGACCACACGCAUAAAAGGAGUCAUCUCGUCGGUGCAGCUCUUCGUCCAGAGAUGUCUCCUUGGCCUUGAAAAGGAUUCAGGUGUCUUGAGUAGACAUAUCAACAAAACUAAGUGGGCAUGGAUGCAGCAGCACAACACGUGGCAGGCUAAACGCAAAGCCAACCCACAACCCGAGGACCAGAUCGACCCGUCGCUACGAGACGAAAGUCGCAGCUGGAUCAGGAUUCAGAGAGAACAACAUCAGAGACUCUAA